AUGUCUGUAGGUUCAAUCCAGAAGGUUGCGAACGUUUUUAAUCCUGCGGGAUUCGCAAAUUUCGCAUGGGGAGCAACUGCGUAUCAGGACUAUGUCCCUGGGGACGUUGAGCAUUUCAAGGCCUGUAAGGUUAUUGAGUGGAUCGUGUCAGAUUUGCCAGAGGCGAUCAAAGCGCUCCAGGGCUCGGACUUCAAGGAAUGUCCCAACAAAAGCUUACACCAGCAAAUGUCAAAGGGCUGUCUGGUCGAGCAUUUCAAACAUUCCGCAUGCAUUCCCGACUAUCAUUUCCAUGCAGAUGGAGGCAUCAGUCUGAACCUCUAUACGAUGUCAGUGCUUCCACGGGCUUGGUCUAUCUCACAUCAUAGCCAGUCGGUGACCGUUCAUCUCUACUCUACGCAUAUGGCUGGGAGAGAAUCCAGUCUCCAAGGUGUGAGGAUGUUCAAACUGCAUCACUUUAUCGAGACCAGACUCAUUGCAUUAGCUCGCACUAUAUGCUCGCGCGAACCUGAGGAGCUGAGAGUGGCACAGAGGGAGGAUUUGGAUUACUAUACGCGCCAGAUCAUAAAAAGCUACCCAUGGGAGGAUCUAAAAAGUGGGCUGGAUCGGAGGUAUCUUGUAUGUCUGGAGGUGCUUAAUCGGAGGGAAGUAGUGCGAUCAGAGGUGUCUGCUGUUUUCAAGAAGCUUUUAGAGCAUGGGGAGGAUACUACAGGGCGUUCUGAUUAG